AGAUCAGCUACCUGGCUGUCACGGCCUCACGGGCUCCAGGGCUUCGGAUCCAGUUCCCCCCCAAUCCCUACCAACUGCAAGUCCACAAGUCACAAGAUCAACCAGCAGGGAUGCCCGAUCUGUCGCGACGGGUGGUCUGCUUGGCUCUCCUCGUUGCCGCGCUCGCCGCUCUGCUCCUCCGGCUCCCGAUCUGCAGGCGCCUCCUCAACCCCCGAGUCACCAUGGACCCCGACUCCGAGGUCGAGUUCGAGAUGCAGGGCGUGAUGCGCAUGUACAAGAGCGGCCGCGUCGAGCGCUUCGACGGCAACGAGACCGUCCCGCCCUCCCCCGCCGGCGACCCAGGCAGCGGCGUCGCGUCCAAGGACGUCGUCCUCGACCCCGCCGCAGGCGUCUCCGCCCGCCUCUACCUCCCGCCCGGGGUGGAGCCAGGCAGGAGGCUCCCCGUCGUCGUGUUCUUCCACGGCGGCGCGUUCCUGGUCCACACCGCCGCCUCCCCGCUCUACCACAUGUACGCCGCCUCCCUCGCCGCCGCGGCCCCCGCCCUCGUCGUCUCCGUCGACUACCACCUCGCGCCCGAGCAUCGCCUCCCCGCCGCCUACGACGACGCGUUCGCGGCCCUCAAGGCGGUCGUCGCCGCGUGCCGCGCGGACGGCGCCGAGGCCGAGGCCGAGCCCUGGCUCGCCGCGCACGGCGACGCCUCCCGCGUCGUCCUCGCCGGGGACAGCGCCGGCGCCAACAUGGCGCACAACGCCGCGAUACGGCUGCGGAAGGAACCCAUCGAUGGCUACGGCGACACGGUCAGCGGCGUUGUGCUCCUGCACCCGUACUUCUGGGGGAAGGAGCCGGUGGGCGCGGAGCCCACGGACCCCGGGUACCGCGCCUUUUUCGACCCCACGUGGGAGUUCAUCUGCGGCGGGAAGUUCGGCCCCGACCACCCGUACAUCAACCCGAUGGCGGCGCCGGAGGAAUGGAGGCAGCUCGGGUGCCGCCGCUUGCUGGUGACCACGGCGGAGCAGUGCUGGUUCGUGGAGAGGGCGCGGGCGUACGCGGAGGGGAUCAAGAAGUGCGGGUGGGACGGGGAGCUCGAGUUCUACGAGACCAAGGGCGAGGGGCACGUCUUCUUCUUGCCCAAGCACGGCAGCGACAACGCCGUCAAGGAGCUCGCCGUCGUGGCCGACUUUGUCAGGCGCUGUUGAUAUUGCUUUGCUUGUUCUUCCGGCACCAGACAAGCUGGUCAACAGGCGUGGUCGUGUGAUCCGAACUGUCCUUUGUGUGAUUAAGAGCCAGAAAAAACAACGCAUCUGUCUUCAUUGUGUUUUUGCACAAGAAGUCUGAUUUCUGUUGCAGGUAUGGUGCAAUGAUUUAGUGAAGAGACCGAAGAGGUGUUUUUGCACGAGAAGUCUGAUUUCUGUUGCAGGUAUGGUGCAAUGAUUUAGUGAAGAGACCAAAGAGGGGGAGGGGGGGUAGAGAUUGAGGUAUGGUGGAUGCCUACUCUGCGGCCGCUUUCUAAAGAUCAGCAGCGACAUGUGUGCAGUUUUGCUCAUGCACACGCCGUGGAAUAUUUGGAAGGAGAGGAAUAGGAGAGUUUUUUAAGGCAAAUCUAUGAGAGCACUAAUGGUUUUCAACUGCAUUUUGGAGGAGGUAGGACAGCGGCAUGCGGCCCUGCGAGCGCGCCACGUAGUUUCUAUGUUAGUCUCGUGUCUUUUUUCUUGUGAGUUUGAGCGUUGUUUUUUCAUGUAAUUUCUCUUUAGUGAACUAUAAAACUCUACUUCUAGUAUAAAAAAAACUAGCCGUAUAGCCCGCGCAUUUGCGCGGCUAGUAUUGAAAAUUCAAAAAUUU